ACAAGAUAAUACUUUAUAAGUUUUAAUCUUUUUAAUGUUUUUGUUGCGGUAUUCGAAUCUAAAGUUUGUGUACGGUUUACAUCUCCUGUGUCCUUCGCAUCAAAAUAAUUCUCAAAAAGUUAAGCAAAUGUAAAAUAAAUCGCAGAAAUGUCGAAAUCUCUUAUCCAAGAUGACAAGAAGGGUGAGAUUGUUCUUACAGACCGUUUGAGUGAUGACUUGAAAAACUUGUACUUGUCGGAAAACUACAGCGACGUUACUUUCGUUGUUGAAAAUGAAAAAAUUCCAAGUCAUAAAGUUAUACUCGCUGCACGAAGCGAGUAUUUUCGUGCUUUACUUUUCGGAGGCUUAAAUGAAACGAACAAAAGCGAAGUAACUUUGAAAGUUCCUAUCAAAGCUUUCAAAAUUAUCCUAAGAUACAUCUAUACAGCAAGAAUAAAUCUGAGGACGAUGCAAAUGUGUGAUAUCUUAGAUACGCUAGGUCUUUCAAAUCUUUUUGGAUACGAGGAACUCAAAGAUGAAAUCUCAAACUUUCUUAAAAAUUCUCUUCAACUUUCUAAUGUUUGUAACAUUCUUGACGCGUCGAGACUUUAUGAGUUGAACUCACUCACUAGCAUUUGUUAUAAUUACAUUGACAAGAAUGCUGAAGAUUUGUUAAAACACGAAUCUUUCAAGUUCCUUUACAAAGAUUCGCUAAUCAUUUUACUUUCUCGAGAUUCAUUUUUUGUGCCAGAAAUUAAUAUUUUUCAAGCAAUCGAAGGUUGGAUUAAAAGCAAUCCCGAAUUAACACCAGACGACAUAAGAGAAGUUGUCUCACAAGUUCGUCUGCCAUUGAUUAGUCUUGAAGAUUUACUCUCAAUCGUUCGACCGACGAAAAUUCUUGAUGCAAAUUAUCUUCUCGAUGCCAUUCACGUUAAAACCAAAUCUCGUGUAAAUCGUUUACCUCAUCGAGGACGAGUUUGUCCUGAAGAAAAUAUUUUAACAGCAAAAUUCGGAGCGAAAGUCAUUACAGGGCAUUGUGAUGGUUAUUCGUUACUUGAUGCCAGUGAUCAUCCAUACGAUAUGGAGAAAGGCUACACACGACACACGAUAACAAAGAACGACGAGGGAAUUAUUGUUGAACUUGGAACUAUUUUCAUUAUUAAUCAUAUCAAAUUAUUAUUAUGGGAUUUGGACGUUCGUUCGUAUUCAUAUACAAUCCACGUUUCUGUUGGGAAUGAGUUUUGGGAGAAAGUGAUUGAUUAUUCAACGUUCCAUUGUCGAUCAUGGCAAUACAUUUACUUUGAAAAGCGGCCAGUUCAAUGCAUUAAAAUCACCGGCACACAUAACACAGUAAAUAAGAUUUUCCAUCUUGUGUCACUCCAAGCGAUGCUUUUGACGAACGUACCAGAAACAAUCGAUGGGAUUAUUGUCCCAAAAAUGAACGUAGCAACAGUUGAAAGAUCAGCUUCGGUGUUGGAAGGCGUUUCAAGAAACAAAAACUCACUUUUGAAUGGAAAUGUUAAAGAUUAUGAUUGGGAUUGUGGGUAUACUUGUCAUCAGCUAGGCAGUGGCAACAUCUCAAUUCAGUUGGGUCAACCUUACAUGAUUGGAUCGUUUCGAAUUCUCCUUUGGGAUUGUGAUGACAGAACUUACAGUUUCUACAUUGAAACGUCAGUUAAUGGAGCUGAUUGGGAUUUAGUUGUUGAUAAGAAGAAUGAAAGACUUCAGUCGUGGAAUUCAUUUUCAUUUGAGCCACGUCCGAUCAGUUACAUUCGAAUAACUGGAACUUACAACUCAGCAAAUGAAAUUUUUCACAUUGUUCACAUUGAAUGCCCUUCGCAAGUGAUGUAAAAGUGAAGGAAAAGGAGAAGACGAAGAAAAUGGAAACAGGGAAACUCAGAAAUUAAUGUACCUCUUUAAUUAAUUAGUUCUUAUCUAUUUCAAAUGAAUAUCAAAAAGCAAUUUUCAAGAUCAAAAAGCUUCGCAUAAAUUCGUAAGUUUCUUAGAUUUACAGAAAAAAAAAUUGAAAAUUUUUAUUCCACAAUCUGAAAUUCAACUCAAGUUUUUAUUUAUUUGAUUUGUUAAUUUGUGAAUAUAAUCAAAGAUCAAAGUCCUAAUCAGUUAAAAAUUCGAUUGUUGAAAGAAGAAAAAACUUUUCUAUUUAGUUUCGUAAGGUCAAAAAGCUGAUUUCAAUGUAAUGUGUUGAAUAUUUAAUAAAUCAUUUGUAUUUAUAAUUAAAUUAUCUUUAAACGAUUAAAGAUUUCUUUGAAUCCAUAAGUUAUCGAUUGAGAAAGUUUCUUAGCUUUGGUCUUAUGCCAAGUUUACUUUGGCAUCUCGCCAAAUUGUCUUCCGCAUUUGUGGCUCGAUCUUUUGCAAUUUCAAGCUCUUGCUCAAGAUUACGAAUUGUUAUCGAUGACUUUUUGGAUAAUUUUUCCUGUUCUUCGAGAUCUCGUUCACACUUCUGAAGACUAAGCUUUGUCUUUUUAAGCUCAUCUUCGAGAGCUUUUGCAUAUUCUUGUGAAUUUUGACAUUCAUUGACGGUGUUUCUUAAUGUAUGUUCAAGUUUUCUUAAAAUUUCUAAUGUCUCGAAGUUGUUAAUUCUUUCUGCUUCAAAUCCACGAUUUAAAUAGUGAAUGGCAUCUCUGAAAUUGCUUGUCGCUCGUCUCAACUUUUGCCCAUAUUCAACUUUUGUUUUGUCGAGAAUCAAGCAAAGCUUUCUCACUUCCGACAGAAGAGAUUUUCUAAUAUCUUCAACAAUCACAACACGAUCUAAUUUCUCUUGAAUUUUCUCGUCAGAUUCCUUCAGUUCAACUUGAUUUUUCACAUCUGUUUCAUUUAAUUUGCUGUAAUAUGUCAAUAAAUGUUUGUAAUCUCUGACCAAAAGAUUAAGCUCAGUUUCAAUUUUAGGUAAAGAUUCUUUCAAAUAAAUGUUAUCAACUUCCGACUCAAUUUGAUUUAAUUCUUUCUCAAAUUCCGUGUCAAAACCGACACUUUCAUCGGGUUCAAAUUCACGUCUCGAUCGCACUGUUGGUUUGAAGUUCCUUAAAACUGAUGCAAUUUGAACUGAAAUAUUAUUGACUUGCUCUUCAGAUGUAACUUUUUCUAUAACUUUUAAGGUUUGAAGUGGAAUAUCAUCCAUUUUUGAUGAAAGCUCAAGUUGAACUGACAAAUUAUUCAUUGAAUUUGGAUUGAAAUCAAGAAAAAAGCUUUUUUCAAAUGAAAUGUUUUCAAGGUCGAUCCCCAUUUAGAUUGAACUGAAAAAUAACAACAACAUUCAAUUGGGAUUUUUGAAGAAACUUUUAUAAAUGUUUUUUAGUUUUUAAUUUACAAUAAUGUUUUUCUUUCGUUUGAUAAAAACGAAAUCAACUCGAAACAGCAAAAAAAAAAAUCAACAAAAUAAAGGAGAUGUUGGGACGAUAACAAGCUUUAAAGGCACACGUAGUUAAUCUCUAAAUUCUCAUCGGACUUUCCCUUAAAUCUAUUUAUUCUUCUUUUAAAGAUGAUUGAAAAAA